GUGGCAACGGCAUCAUGGCCUCUCGGAACCGCUACGGGAGUCGGAUGAGAGAGGCGAAAAUGUUCAUGCUGGUGUUGCUGGUGUGGCUGCUGCAGGUGCUGGAGGCAGUGAGGGUGUCUCCUCUCAUAGAGAAAGUGAGCGACCAUAAAGACUUCAAGAAGCUGCUGCGAACAAGAACAAACGUUCUGGUACUCUACACCAAGACAGCUACAUCAGGGGACUCUCACCUGAAACUGCUAUCAGAUGUGGCCCAGACAGUAAAGGGCCAAGGAACUAUUGCAUGGGUCAACUGUGGAGAUUCAGAGGGCCGUAAGCUCUGUAAGAAGGUAAAGGUUGACCCAAGCUCCAAACGUGAAGGAGCAGAGCUGUUGCAUUACAAAGAUGGGACAUUUCACACUGAGUACAACAGACCAGCUACCUUUAAGUCCAUGGUAGCGUUUUUGAAAGACCCAUCAGGCCCCCCACUGUGGGAAGAAAAUCCUGAGGCAAAAGAUGUCGUCCACAUAGAGACAGAAAAAGACUUCAGGAAGCUGCUGAAGAGGGAAGAGAGGCCGGUCCUCAUGAUGUUCUAUGCUCCCUGGUGCGGCGUUUGUAAGAGAAUGCAACCCAUCUUUCAGCAAGCGGCCACAGAGACCAAGGGGAAAUAUGUCCUGGCGGGGAUGAACGUGCACCCAGCCGAGUUUGACGGCCUCAGGCAGGAGUAUAACGUCAAAGGCUAUCCGACCUUCUGCUACUUUGAGAAGGGGAAGUUCCUUUACAAUUAUGAAAACUACGGAGGCACAGCCAAGGAUAUCGCAGACUGGAUGAAAAACCCUCUGCCCCCCCAGCCAAAGACCCCCGAGGUGCCGUGGUCAGAGACAGAGUCCGCAGUCUUCCACCUGACCGAUGAGUCCUACGACAGCUUCAUGGAGGAACAUCCUGCAGUCCUCAUAAUGUUCUAUGCCCCCUGGUGUGGACACUGCAAGAAGAUGAAGCCAGAGUAUGAUGAAGCUGCUGAAAUACUCAACAAGGGCACAAAUAGUCCAGGUGUGUUGGCGGCAUUAGAUGCCACAGUACACGAGGCUGUAGCAAAUCGUUUCAAGCUCUCCGGCUUCCCAACUGUCAAGUAUUUUGUGAAUGGUGAGGAGAAGUACACGCUGCCAAGCCUCCGCAGCAAAGACAAGAUCAUCGAGUUCAUGCACAAUCCACAGGCCCCUCCGCCACCUGAACAAUCCUGGGAGGACAAGCCGUCCCAUGUCAGCCAUCUUGGAUCAGAGGAUUUCCGAGAGGCCCUGAAGAAGAAGAAACAUGCUCUGGUCAUGUUCUACGCUCCCUGGUGUCCACACUGUAAAAACGCUGUACCACAUUUCACCACAGCUGCAGAGCUCUUCAAGGAGGACCGCAAGAUUGUGUAUGCCGCUGUUGACUGUACUAAAGGACAGAACCAUGAGCUUUGUAAGCAGGAAGGAGUGGAGGGAUAUCCAACGUUUAACCACUACAACUACGGCAAAUUUGUGGAAAAAUACAAUGGAGAUCGAGGGGAGGCGGGAUUCAUUGGUUUCAUGCGCAGCCUAAGAGGACGGGAUCAGGAAAAGGUGGUCAAAAAGAAGGAGGAGCUCUGAGGUUGGCGUGCAGGGAGGAAGUGGACGUGGCACUGCACAGUUUGUCAUUGCACUGUGACCCUGAUAAAGGCCCUAUCAGCACUGACGUGGGAGACUUGAUGACCUCAGCGAAGGGUUAUUUUUAUACUGUGGUGAUCACGUUUGUAACAGCACCAACAGAGAAUCAGACCGACCACUCGAGAAUUUUUUUUCUUUGAUGGAUAUUCGGACGGGCAGAAAAUAAACGGACACAAAGUGAUUUUUUUUUUUUUUUAUUAAUCGCCCAAACACUGUGACUGCGUAUGUGAAAAGCUACACCAUAUACUGUAUCUAUGCAAUACUGACCCCUGCGUCAUACUGUGGGGUUCUGAGGCACCCAUGGUGGUGGGUGGUGGUGGGCAUCAUUGGGUAAGGGGGAAGACUGAGCUGGUUAUCGCUCCACAGGGGUUCAAUCCAGUUUGGUGAUAGACACAUUGUGAUUAUUGACUUUCACUUGUCCGUUUCAAUAUUUUUGUACAGAAGUUUCAUGUCUAAAGACCAGAACCAUCCAGAAUAUUGUUUUUAAAUCCUCACAGAUGACUUGAAACACUAUUGAUUAGCAGAAAAAGCCCAUUACUGGUACAGUAAAAUAUGAAGUGGUACUAUGGGCACUGUAGCAGAUGAAAUACUGUACAAUCUGGCAAAUAAAGUGCAUUUUUAAUCUAAAAGAUGGCCAUUUAUCUUGAAAAUGACCUUGACCCUAUUUCAUAUACACCAGUGCAACCAAUAUAGCAGUAUUAAUUGCUGAGAUGAACAUCUUCCUAACUACAAAUGCAGUAUACAAAUGCUACUACAAGUAGCUGCUUUAUCCUGCACAGUAUGCUGGGAUUCACAGCAACAUAGACCAGGUUGACGGGGCUUUGGUGCUGCUUUUUACAGCUCUUUUCCCUCAUUAGGUCUUAAUCCUACAUUCAAAGAAAACAGUGGUAUACUGUGAAUUAAAUAAACCGUGAGGUGUAAGUUUGAUUAAAAAGACCCAACGCAGGUGAGCAGCAUGACACACUGGCUGCAGGUCUGUAGCUUCAGGAGCAUCACUGUAGGCUGAGAGCUCAGCUACCGGGUAAUACCUGACAGGAGUGCAAACUUGAUAUAGCAAAGAUAAAUGGUGCCAAAAGUGUUCCACAGCUGCACAGAAACUCCAUAUUGUAGGCUUUAAUGAAUGUAAUAGAGGGCAGGUAGGCAAUUUGAACCUUUCCUCUGGGAGACCCCUAAAAACAGACUGUCAGAUAUACCAGUGCAAUUUAUAAUCCAGAUUUUACAGUAGAUGAAAUCUUGCCCAUAAGAGUCCAUAUUCUGAAUGGUUCUGGCCUCUAAAAGUGAGUUUUUUGGUUUAAGAUGGGACUCUUUUUGUUCGCUCAAACUGUGGCCUUAAAGAUGUAGAAAUAAAUAAUGCUGGAAUUGCAGAAAUAUAAAAUGAAAAGUUGAAGGGAAUCAGAGGCCUGGCGCCCUUGCUUUUCCCUCCAGUCGUGAACCAGAGCAAGUCUGAAGAGAAGAACAAAACAAACAUGAAAUGCCAAAUACUCCUGCGCAAUGCCCUUGAUAUUUUCACACUUCAUACAUUUCCAAAUAUUCACAACAUUCACAGCCAUAGUGAUGUUUUACCUCUUUAAGUCUUCUGUUGCUGAUUUAAAAUGAGAUUUUUAUUAAUGUUUUAACAAGGUUAAGGCUCAUUUACAUUCUAAAGCAUGGGAGACACUGAGGUUUGGUGUUGGCUGAACAAUGCAUAUUGAUCAUUAUAUGUUCAAGAUAUGAAUCUUUCCUGUGUUCACUGAAACAAUCACAGAUUCCCACUGUGAACAUAUUCCACAUUUAUAAUGGAAAGCUUAAAUGUUGACAUGAUUUGUCAUUCUAUUUUCGGUUUUUCGUUGGAUAGACAGAGAUCCUGACAACUAUAUCCGUUGUGUCACUAUCCAAAUAAAAAAAAAGAAAAUAGACUAAACUAAGUUGAGGUUUAUAUCCAUGAUGUUGAGUUUGAAACCUCUGCCCUGUGCUCUGUACUGUCAAAAUCCUAUUUUUAGUUACUUAAUGUGAAACUGAAGUAGGGGCAUCGUUGGACUAGCGAUUUGGUUGCUCUCCAUAUAUUAAAGCUGUAGCUCUCCAAGCAGUCAGCCCUAGUUCAAGCCUAGCUAGCAGCCCCUUUCCCUUUGUCAUUCCUUCACUUCCUCUCCCAAUUUCCUACUCCAUCCACUGUCAUAUCAAAUUGAAACUAAAACCCCAAAAUUAAAAUGAGGGAAUAUGUGAAGCUGAAAUAAACAGUUCCUUUUAAAAGAAUUCCUCAAUAUUUAGCUCAUAAACUAAUUUUGCUUGUGUAAACUUAAAGACUUAAUUUUUGAACAACAGAGGUUGCCACUUGCAUUCAGCCAUGUUUUUCAACAUGAAAUCCAGUUUGAUUUCUGUCUCCAUUUUCAGUCUCCAUUUUCUUUUCAUUGAAACUGAUGCUUUUUUAAAUGUCAGAAUCUCUACAUUUAUAUGACAAACGAGAUCAAAUAUACUCGUAUGACAUGGUAACAUUUGAGCCUCCCACCCUGAUUGUGUUGUCACAGGAACAUGGUCAUUGUGGGGAUAUAGUCUAUUUUGUGUAAUUGACAUUUUUUCAGUGGAUACUGCAAAGAUUAAUAUUUUUGUGGCUGCUGUGGGAUAACAGUCUAUUUCCUCUAAUCUUUUCUGUUGUAAUAAUUUACACCUCUUUUUUCACACUUAGGGCAUUCAGGGUUUAUGUUUGGUCCCUGGUCUGUUUUGUAUCCAUCAGUUUCCAUCUCUUCUUUUCACACCAAUGAACCAAAAUGACUAUAUUCUGAAUGUUUUUGUGUCAGCCUGCUUGAAUUGAUCAGCCUCAGAUAGCUCAGCAAUGCUCUCCCAUGAUUUCCAUCAAAUACCCAGGGACUCCUUCAUAAUACAUCCAAGAAAUAAUGAAGCAUUAAAUAAGUGAAGUCUCUGGCAGCAUAGCACCAUCGAUGCAGGGUCAUCACAUAUCAUCAUUAAUUUUGUGGCCAUUCUUUUCAUACAGUGUGUUUCCAACCCCAACGCUCCGGCCACUAUAAAUAUUUAAAGGCUUAUGUGUAGCUGAUCUUGUGUUUUAUUAUUCAAGACUUUGGUUUCUUUUAUUAUGAAUAAGGUUCUCAGGGAUAGCGAAACACAAUUAAAGGGAACUAGUUUGUUUGUAAUUUUGCAUUCCAGCUGAAUAAUUUUGAGCCCUUAGGUCACCAAAUUUAAUCUUGUUUACAUUUGUAUCCCAAUAAAAGUUGAAUCUUUCUGUGCUAUAUCAUGACAUCAUGUGUUGAAUUCGAGAUAUUUUCAGUAGAUGUUACUGAACUAUUUCCACUCACAUUAUCUUUGUGAUUCUGAAGCCGUCUCCAAUGUUCUGACUGGCACCAAGCACUUAUUGUGUUCAGUGUUUAAUCGGGUUAUUUACAUUGAGGAGUAUGUGAGAGCCUUUUGAAUGAGUGCUGUUCUCAGUGAGGUGUCCAAAUAUCGCAGUCAUUAGGUGUUCUUCUCCUCCAUAAGGAGAAACAAUAACCUUUGUUUACUGUUGCAUCCUCUUUCUGUUUGUUAGCCUUCACAGUGACAUCAUGUUUGUUAAAUAAUAGAGACCACCUCUGUCUUAUCCCAAAGGUAUCAUGUUGUGUGGAAUAUAUCACACUUAUGCCAAGAAGUCAUUGUUGCCUAUGUUUGAUUUUUUGUUGUGCCCAGCCAUACGUACAGUUUGCCCUUUGCAGUAAGGACCUUGGGAGUGAAAAAGAAAAAUAAAGUUAAACAUUUUCAAAA